UGUACGGAAGGAGCGUGCUUCUCCUAAGCAGAUUCCAGCGGUAUCAGAUUCGAGUGAUCCAUUAUUUUUCCUCUGCUGGAUACACUUAUUGUCUCUCAUGUGACAACCGCUGCAUCACUUUAAUUAUCAGGUAGUGGCCUUUGCACACUGUGAAUUGCAAAUUAUAGAUUUUUUUGAGUGUGCCAAAAGCUUUGAAGAUAAAAUGGAAAAGAAGGUGACAGAUAGCAGAGACGAAGAUCAACACCAACCGGCAUCAUCGUCUUCUACCAGAAAGGAUGAACAAGAGACCACCACAAAUCACCAACCCGACCGGGACACUCCAAGCUGUGGCACCGAUGUUGCUCGUGCGAGAUGGACUUUAUUGCGACAGGUGCUGAGACAGAAGCAGGUGGUCAGCUCUGAGGUCAAGCAGGUGUCGGUCCGCAGGUUCUCCACCUUUAACCUCUUCACCAGGACCACAAGCCGCAUCCCUGACCCCCAGACAGGGACACACCCGACAGGGACCCACCUGCCUUCUGAGGACCAGUGGGUAGAAUACAGAAGUGCCUCCUACCCUGAGUUCAGUGCCUUACUGAGAGACAACCUCGGGCCCAUCAGAGUGGAUGAGGUCCUCACCAGUUUUGAUAACACCGGAAAUGUCUGUAAGUGCAUCUCUUCAAUGUCUUACAAUGUGUGAGUGUGUGUGUGUGUGUGUAUACCCACUGUAUACGCCUCUAUUGGACUGUUUUUAUCCCACUUAUAUUGAGCCAUUCAGUCUCUCCGAGAGAGAAAGAAAAGGUUAUUUCUACCUGCUUUGCAAAUGGGAAAAUACCUCUAAUGUGAUGGAUUUAACAUAGUCCUUUCAUGCGGCACAAUUCUCUUUUGUUAAACCGGAAGUCGCCAGAAAACAGAUCAAACACGUUUCUAAGGAGACUAGAAGAGGGGACAAAGGUCAACGUUUACCGGUGUCAGCCGUUGUCACGGUGACCGAAACAAGUGUGUCUUCAGUUGCCACGGGGACGGCCUCUUUAGUUCCUCUAAUGUAAGGCUGCUGAUUGGUCAUUCAUAGAGUAGGAGUGUCACAGAGGCAUCCCCCGGAAAGAAACAGAAAACCCUGUGUGUGUUGUCAUUCUCCACUAGCAGGCAGCACUGUGGAGCCAACCAGCCUGGCUCCAGCAGGAUUUCAUAUCGUUUCAGGUACAAUGAGCUUUUUCUCAAGCCUGCCUGGAUAGGAGGCA